UAAACACAUUUCUGUACUAUAAAGUGCAUGUUCUGCUGUUAAGAAUCGCUCAGCUGGAUUAUUUCAGUUAUGUUGUUAUUGGCUUCAGAUAAAAGCCCUCAGGACAUUUGAUGUUCCAUAACUCAAGCAGCAUCGAUGUGUUGGUGCUUGUAAGAACCCCGAGUGAGACAAACAACAUUACUAUAAUAUCAGCUGAGAGGCUACAGCUGCAGUAAGGUUAAGACCAGCUUUAAUAAAAUAUUGCAGCAGAUUGUGACGACAGGAGGUGGUGAUUCAGUGCUGAUCACACAGAGAAAGAAUGAAAGGGGCUAAUGGAAAAGGGUGACAUAGGCUGGAAAAAUGGAAAUGACACACUCGCUUUUCUACACAGAGUUUUGGGUUUGCUAAAUAAAUGCAGCAGAGUCGUAUUAGCAGGUCAGUUGUUAAAUGUUUCAAAGAGUGCACAUUUCAGCUAGAAGAAGAAUGCUGAUGAGUGAUGUUUGGCCUCUGAAAAAAGGGAAGUUAAAAGGGAAAGAGAGAGAAUGUGAGAUGAUUGUGUACAAAGGGUUAUGAUCCAGCAAGAAAACACCCCGCUCUUCCCCUUUCUGAUGUGUGUUAAAUUUCUUCCUAAUUAAAAUCUCGCAGACGACAGUUGCUAAGCUUCUGUUUUGUCUAAGGCUGUGAAAUUAUCAUGUGUUUGAAUAACUGUCACACUCAAGCCACUCUCUUUUAUCUUAUGUCUUCUAUGUUCUGCUGAGAACAGGCUAAGACAUUAUACAGGGGAGCUAGUCUCAGUCAUACAAGAAGUUGCAAAGCACAAGAAACUGAAACCAAAAUUCUGAGACAAAUGCUUCCAGUCAGGCCUGUUAAUUUUCAUGUAGUUUGAAGCUAAAUCUUAGUCAGCCUAAACCAGAAUACACUUUCCCUGUUAAGAUCAAUAGUCAUCUCAUGUAUACCAUAGAAAUCAAAUGCAGAAUAAACUUUGAGUGCAUCAGUAAACUUAAGUGUCACUGGUAAAAACCACCUGUAGUCUUCAGCACAAACAUCCCUAUGGAGUUGUAUGCCUUGUGGUUCACCCUAUUUUUAGGGCAGCUGAGAUGUUGCUAUUGCUAUUUUUGCACCUCUUGCAAUUCUGCAGUGUGACCGGUGCAGCAGGCAACACAUGCCAACUGGUUUUCUAGUUGUCUGUCGUUAAGGAGAGCGCUGCAGAGGGGUGACCGCUUUGAAGAGAUGUGUUACAAAUUUCACCCAGUUGGAGCAACAAUGACUUCCCACGUAAAACUCCGGAAGGAGAGGGUCAGCGUUGUGGACUACGACACACAAAUCAAAGAGGUGCGUUGCCAGCUUGUAGACCAGCUAAAGGUUUUGGACUUGCAGCUUGAACAGAAAAGCCAGCAGCUGCAAGAUCUGACCGACUACCUGCGGCGACGGGGUGAGAUUGAAAGCGAGUACGCUCGCUCACUAGAAAAACUUGCAGAACGGUUCACCUCGAGGAUUAAGAGGAAGGAGUCCAGCAGUCACUCAGUGGCCCAGGUCUGGUUGGCUCUGCUGUCCCAGACCCGCCAGGAGAGCAGAGACCACAACGGACUGAGUGAAAGUUGCAGCAACUUCCUCAUCCAGCCCCUCACCUACUGUCUGGAGUACACACAGCGCCUUGCCAAAAAGAGUAAAGACAUCUGUACCCAGCUACAAGAUGGACUGCUCAAGGUUACCACAGAGCUGCAAACUGCUUGGAGAACAUACUACCAGUACCACUCAGACUAUGUGGCUGCAGAGGGGAAGCUGAGGGAGGCAGAGAAACAGGAGGAAAAGCAUAAGCAGAGCGCUGCUAAGAAACUGGAGAGGUUGAUAGAAAAGAGACAAGGAAAGGUUCAAGAGAUACAUCUGAAGUGCAGUAAGGCCCGAAACGACUACCUCCUAAACCUGGCUGCCGCUAAUUCCUCCAUGAAUAAAUACUACCUCCAAGACAUCUCUACUCUCAUAGAUUGUGCAGAUGUAGGUUACCACCUGUCUUUGGACCGGGUGAUGCAAGCAUACCUGUCCAGACGCUGGCGGGCCCAGCAGAACCUGAGCACUGGUCUGCAGCAGCUCCAGGGGGCCGUGUCUGGACUGGACCAGAGCCAGGACAGGGACACCCUCCUGCAGGACCACUACAACACCUUCUCUAUGCCCCUUCGCUUCCCCUAUCAGCCCCACGACGGGGACCAGGUUUCUGAAGUCAGUGCAGCGUGUGAGAUGAGAUGCGAGCUCGAGACCAGAUUCAAACAGAUACAAACCAGACUGAAAGCCGUCACCCAGGAAACAGAGGAGGCCGGUAAGAGCAAGUCAUCGGUCCAGUCUAGCCUGCUGGAGGUGAUCAGUGAUGAUGAUCUGGAGCUCAGCAGCGGUUCUGGUUCGUCCCACGACGGCAGCACUGAGAAUCUGAACAUGAAGCCCAGUGUGGCACGACGCAGAGCCAGCCUGCAGGAAAUAGAAAACCUCUACUUCACCAAAGUUAAAGAGUACCUCGUUGGCAGCUCCCUGGUGUCUAAACUUCAAGCUAAACAUGACCUGCUUAAAGUAGCUGUGGAAAAAGCUGAAGCAUCAAACGGACAUCAGCCCAAACCGACUGGAAAGUCUGUGCGUGUCAGAAGGAAUCACUCAAGUGCCAAUCUGUUGCACAACCACAAACUUUUCAACGGAGACAUGCUGUCCUUCAUACAGGCAUCAGGACAACAGAUUCCAGUUGUUGUGGAAAGCUGCAUUCGCUUUAUCAACCUCAAUGGUCUCCAUCAUGAGGGGAUUUUUAGAGUGCCGGGGUCUCAGAUGGAAGUCAAUAACCUGAGGGAUGCAUUUGAGCGAGGAGAGGACCCCCUGGCCGAGCGCUGGUACGACCUGGACUCUGUGGCCGGAGUGUUGAAGCUCUACUUCAGAGGGCUGGAGAAUCCACUCUUCCCCAUGGACAGCACCAGUCAGCUCCUGGAGCACGCUCAAAUAAAGAAUGAAUCAGAGAGAGCGGCUCAACUCAAAUCAGUCAUCUCUUCCUACCCUGACCCUGUUAUCAUCGUCAUGAGAUACCUCUUUGCAUUCCUUCAUCAUGUGUCUCAGUACAGUGAUGAGAACAUGAUGCAGCCCUACAAUCUGGCCGUGUGUUUUGGGCCCAGCCUGGUGAGAGGAGCUCAGGAUGAGGAUGUUGUCACCCUGCAGCCUCAGAUCAACGCCCUGGUGAAGGGCAUCAUCCUCCAGCAUGAGAGCAUCUUCCCCGGUCAGGACGAAGUGCAAGGGCCGGUGUAUGAGAAAUGCAUGACACUAGAACAGGAUGACUGUGAGCCUAUUAAUGAGGAAGGAGAUGUUGAAGCAGAGUGCACUCACACCAAAGAUGAUUUGGAAACAGGAUCCUCAGCUGAUAACCGCACAAGAAAUCGUCCUCGAGCGAACAGCAGCGGCUGCAUGGACCACAGCAGGCUAGCAGCUGGACCAGCAGGGGGAGGCCUCACUUCAGGUGGAAAGUUGAUGCUUCAGUUUCCAGUUGGGCCACAGUGCAAGCCGCGGAGGAUGCAUUCCCCUGGUUAUGUGUACAGAGAAAACCAGCAACAUUCAUCUUCUGAGGAUAUAGCUGUUCAUGUAGACAAGGAGGUCUGUCGCCAGAUGGACUCGGUCUUCAAGGAGCUUAUUUCGCGUCAAACACUGCAGGAACCCUCCUCCACCGUCUCCUCAUCCUCAGCCCAGGCUCCCCAAAGGAAAGGGAGGCGGGGUGAUGGACGCAGGGAGAAAUGACCAGGUCUCUUCAAAGCAGCAGAUCCAUGGGACUGAGAGGACAGGGGAUAGGAAAAGAGACAGAGCGGUGAUGUUAAUGAAAACUGAAGUGUGGCUCGAAGGGCUCUGACAGCAGCUUUCAGCACAUCUAUUUCUAGAAGUCAGAUCACUGACCCAUAGUCCUUGUCUGAAGUCCCUGCGUUUGGUUCAGGCUUCUCUCCACAUGAUGGCGCCAGACUCAAGAGCUCUUUCAUUUUUGUUUUGUACAGUGGAUCCCAUUUGUGACUGCAGAGCUGCAGUACAAUAUAGAAACUGAAAUACUUGAAAUGCACUGAUUUGUUUGUGUAAAGCUGUGUGGUUGUGCAGCUUUAUUUCUGCAUCGGUGUUGGUGUUACUAUUCAACUGUUUCCAGUUAAAGUCAGAUUUUAUCAGUGAUUUUUAGUGCACAUACACAUUUCUACAAGUUCAAAUGUCUCUCAAACUGAGGUGGAGUCACAAAGUUGCUAAAGCUGUGAAUGCUGUAGCUGUAAGGAAUUUGUAUAUAUUGCAAUAUUUCUAACUUGUUUCAAACUUUUAUGAUUUGUCUGUAGACUACAUAACAAAUAAAUAAUUUGUCUGUU